AUGCUUCCCGUCAAGAUCACAGCCGUCCUGAGCUUGGCGGUCGUCGCUUGUGCCGCCCCCCUCGACACCCCUCUCGAGGCUCGUAACGCCGGAGAUGUGCUCGCAGACCUGCAAGCCCAAGCCAUGGAGAGUUUGAAGGCGGCUGAAGCCAAUGGGACCAUUUCCAAGCGUGGAUGCAACCUCUUCAACGCCAGUGUUCGCAGAGAUUGGGCUGCUUUCUCUACCACGGAGCGCAAGGAGUACAUCAGUGCCGUCCAGUGCAUGUUGGCGUCUCCUUCCAAGUCCGACCCAUCCUUCGCACCAGGAGCCCGCAACCGAUAUGACGACUUCGUUGCCGUCCAUAUCAACCAGACUCGGACCAUUCAUGGUACAGGCAAUUUCUUGACAUGGCAUAGGUACUUUACCUGGGCGUAUGAGAAUACUCUAAAGACCGAGUGUGGUUAUAAGGGGGCACAGCCCUACUGGAACUGGUUCGCUCACACCGAUGAUCCGCGCAAGUCACCAGUCUACGAUGGGAGUGAUACCAGUCUUAGUGGUGAUGGCGCCUACGUUGCUCACAAUGGCAGCGUGAGUGCUUCGCCAUAUGGCGAGAUUGCAAUACCGUCUGGCAAUGGCGGCGGUUGUGUAACUAGCGGCCCUCUCGUGAACAUGACUGUCAACCUUGGUCCAGUAUCUCCCGGCAUGGAUGGCUUAGACCCCAACCCCAAUGGCCCCAUGGAGUACAACCCACGUUGCCUGCGCCGCGAUUUGAGCUCAUACGCAGCGUCUACUUGGUUGACGACCCCUAACCUACUUAACGUCACCGUUGGCCAAGCUUCUAAGAAUAUCUCAACAUUCCAGAAUGAGCUCCAGGGUCGCUUCUGGGAUGGCUUCUUGGGCAUGCACGCUUCAGGCCAUUUCGUCGCAAAUGGAGAUGCUAGUGAUCUCUACUCCUCCCCGACCGAUCCGACCUUCUUCCUCCAUCAUGCCAUGGUCGACCGCGUUUACUGGAUUUGGCAAGCCCUCCAUCUCUGGGAGGCUUUUGAAAUUGCUGGGACUAUCACAAUUCUCAACCUGCCACCGAGCCGUGACGCCACGAAGGAGGACAUAGUUGAGAUGGGCGUUUUGGCGCAAGAUCGCUCUAUCAAAGAGCUGCUGAACACUGUUGACGACACUCCGUUCUGCUACAUCUAUCUAUGA